GGCUACAGUACUCGUUUGUAUAAUGCGGUGUAAGCGAAGCUUACAAACAACUCGAAAGAGCUUCAGAAUUUUGUUGAAUUUUUUCUUUAAAUAAAAAACAAACAAACAAACAAACAAACAUGAUCGUUGCUGUGACCAAGAGCCUUUACCGGGGACUCUGCGUGGAAAUGGUGUGCUGGAAAGCCUUAACGGGUUGUAAAACAACAAAUUGCUUUCCUUACGCGUUGCCUUUGCAGUCUUUCAGGGGGCUGUCAACAACACGUUGUUUCCGCGAGUUAAACAAGCCCCUGAAGCAAUGGACUCUGAUAGUUAACCCUUUCACGUUUGUGAAAGUGCAACUACCCUGCAAUGUGUCGGUGCGACCCCUGGAUCCCCACAUAUUCCCAAAGGCUGACAGAGCUUUUGUAACAGUUAAUGGCACCAGUGCUGACCAAGGGCUAAAGCUAGACAAUUUCCAUGUGAAGUAUGACGAGAAAAGCAAGGAACUUGUGAUCCUUUCAGAAAAAGUGAACAGCAACGUGUCUGUAGAGGUAAUGGCUCCAAUAAAAUGCGAUCUUGACAUUAAAACAUUGGGAGAGGGGAAUGUGAAGAUCCAAAAAAUGGAAUGUGAGAACUGCAGCGUGCGAACAGAAAGAGGACAUAGCGUUCUGCAGUCUAUAAAGGCUCACAAAGUGCUUGUACAUUCUAAGGAAGGAAAUAUCAUCUGCUUGGGAACCAUCCAUGGAAACGUAGAUGUUCAUGCAUCCAGGAACAGUCUUGUGCAAAUCACUAAGCUGCAGGGGACCAGGAUGAGCAUUUCAACUGAGCACGGGCCACUGAAAGCCAAAUACAUUUACGCAGAGUCUUCGUCUGUCUCUUCCACAUCUGGUCAAAUUGAGCUUGGGAAUGUACACGGUGAUGUAACUGUUCGAAGUGAAAUGGGAAACAUUAUUAUAGAUGGGUCUGAUGGCUGUCUAAAAGCUUCCACAAAUGCAGGAGAUAUAGAUGCUUACAUAAGCCAGUUUGGAACUGCAGAACUUUAUAGUCAGCAAGGUGCUAUCUCAGUCAGGGUUCCAGUCUCAAUCAAAGCUGAUGUCCGGUUAUCAGGUUCUGCAGUUGAUAUCAGCCCAGAAAUCCCCUUACAGGAGGACGAUACCUUUUCUGAAGAUGGUCACACAACUCUUACUGCUCAUUUGAAUGGAAAAGCUGAGGGGAACAACUGGAUCAAGGCCCACGCUGCAAAGGGGACUGUAAGUCUGAAGAGCCAAAGCUGGUUUGAAUCACUCAAGAUUGGGAAGGUUUAGUGUUUCAUUAGCUAAACCAUGUAGAAGAAUGUUGUAAUUGAGAUACAGUUAGGGUUUUAGAAAUAUGAUAAAGUAUGUACUUAUUUUCAAUAAUUAGAAAGUAGUCCUUGUUCUGAAGGAAAUUAACUUGAGUCCAGCUGUAUUUUGAGGUGGUGUUGAACUGUGUUUGCCAAAUCCGUUAAGGAUCAGAACUAUGCUUUGCUGAAUAUUAGGGGCCCUAUUUAGCAAAUAUGCGCGCAGCCGCUACUGCUAGGGCAAAAAUGACAGCGUUAGCGAACCGCUGUAAUAGCGCACGAAAAUAGUGUCUCAUGCGUGGGCGAACGCACAUCAAAUAGCGGAUCAUGCGCCCAGCCAAUCAAAGCACAGUGGGGGGAGUAAAGUUACAACCAGUAAGGAUUCAACAUUCCCUUUAAGAGGACCUGUGAAUCUGCAAUAGCGAAA